AUGGUCAAGCACCAGGAGCUCGAUGCCCUCAGGCUCUGCAUCAAAUUGGCACGCGACGCACUGGAGGCUGGAGACGCGCCAUUCGGGUCGGUGCUGGUUGCAGACGAUGGCACCAUCCUCAAGCAGGAGCGCAAUCGCACCGUGACGGGUGAGAAGGGCGACUUCAAGGCUGAUGCGACAUUGCAUCCCGAGUUCGUGCUCGCGCGCUGGUCACAGUUCCACAUGUCCCCUGCGCAGCGCGCGACCGCCACGGUCUACACGUCGGGUGAACAUUGCCCAAUGUGUUCCGCUGCGCAUGCCUAUGCUGGUCUCGGCAGGAUAGUCUACGUCUCAUCAUCGGCCCAGCUGGUGGAGUGGAUGAAAGAACUGGGCAUCGAGCGCAACACGGUCUAG